AUCAUGUUGGCAGCAGAAAGCGGAACAAUAUGCACCGUGGACAAAUUGCUCCGUCGGAAUUAUUCUAAGGGAACACCCAUUUUUUAUUCACCCAUGUUGCAAAUAUUAUCAUUUCGAAAAGCUCGUUCCAUGCGACCAACAAGCCCCGGGCGAUGUUAAGACUAGAGGAGCAGACUACAGCGACUUAAAGAGUUAGGAGGGAAAUCUAAGCUGGAGAUUCGUCAACAGUUGAACCAUCAUGGCCGAGCGCAGAGUGUUUAUCGAUAUUCAAGCAAAGUCAAAUCCAUCCAGAGGAGGCGAUCGGAAGCCAGAGGUCCGCGCUGAGAGUUGGACUCGCACUGACAAUACUUUCAAGUUCAACUUUGUUGUGGCCGAAGACCAAGUAGCAACGACAUCUUUGCUAGAAACAACGCCACCUUCAGUCGAACUAAGCAGGCUGACAGUCUGUAAGGAAGAAGGGUCUGAUAAGUUUGCCUUUAACUUCCAAAUCCCACCUGUGACCCCCGGACCCUUGGCACCCGAAGCCCCGCCCGCCCCCUCAGGGGGCUCCGAACCCAGCCCCCCCGGUGCGCAGAAACCAGCUCCCCACACGACGCUGGAGGCGUGCGUCCCUACAGAAUCAAUGGCACAAUCUAAACCCAAGAAAAAGAAGAAAUCUGGAAAAAAGAAAACCACAGAAAGUUCAAAGCUACAAGAAACAACAAGUUCAUUGGCGGGUAGUCAUGGCGACAAAGAAUCAGUGUUGACUGCAGAGCAGCAGCUGCAGAGGGAGCUGGACUGGGUCAUGGAGCAGCUGAGCCGGGGCCUGGAGACGCAGAAGGUCACGCCCAAACAGAGAGAGGACGCGUCGCGGGCACUCAAGAUCCUCAGGAGCGGCAAAGCGCCGCUGGCCAAGAAGAGGCAGGUGAUGCGGGCCAUGACCGGGGACUACCGCAGGAAGAUGGAGGAGGAGAGGCAGAAGCAGCUGAAGCUCAUUCAGAGCGCCAUGACCUCUCUUCAGGUCAGAGCGGUCCCAGACCCAAAGAAAUCUGUCUUCCAUCGGAGAGCCGGGAAUAAACCAGGAGUCCCGGGCGCCGGAGAGCAGAACGCACGACCGGCUCUGACCUCUGACCCCCUGUUGUCAGGAAAUGAAACAUCUCACUUUGUCUUCACCUCCUCAAAAGAGGAGUUCAAGUUUAAUUUUGUCUGAUAUUUAUGUGUAUUAAUGGGCUUAAAGGUCUUGCCAAAGUAAACUGAUGUAUUAAGCAACAUUUGGGAAAUACAAUGGUUAGGGUUAUUAGAUAGCAUCUCCUACAAAAUAAAUCUUUUAUCAACUGAAUUAAAUAACCUAUUGCCAUGACAUUUAUUUCCGCUACUGGUUUGUAUUUUUAUUUUGUCCAUCAAUGAAGAAUUAGAAGAAGGCCUACAAGCCUUCGUAAUAAACCAUUUUGUCUUGAAUUACCAUCAAUAAAAUGAAUUUAAGUUAAUUGUG